ACUGCGUAUGGCUCAGGAAGAUAAGGAGCACUCAAGGUUUUGUUGGGAUCCCACUUCCCGUAUAGCCUACCCUUUUUUCUUUUAGGCCUACCCAUCUAAACAUGUUCACGUUUACAAUAACAUAGCUGGUAUAAGUUACUAAAUAAACGCUACAUUUCCUUUGCUUUAUCAGUCCCAGAAUCUCGCAGCCACGUUACAUUCUGUAGCGCAUCACGUCAAGGCGCCAAUUACUCUGGAGGACGCAAAGAGUAGCCUACCGAAUUACAUGCGCAAUCCUUCCGUGAAUCAGACAUCACCACAUUAUCAGAACGGUAGGCUAUUCACCGACCUCUGCUUUUAUGUACCCCGCGACACAACCCUACUCAUCAUCCCUCAAAAUCGUUCAGAUCGUCGUUGAGAAGAAGAGCCGGGCAGAUCUGCGUUACCCAGCGCCGGUUCUUCGCCGCUGUUUUCGUCUGUGUGCAGAUAAUUUGGCCGGGUCAGAAUGGUGAAGCUGGGCAGUAACCUGGCUGACAAGCUGGAUAAGGAACACUCUGUGGACGACGGCUUUGAUAACAUACCCCUCAUCACCCCUCUGGAAGUGAACCAGCUCCAACAGCCGUAUACAGACAAGGUAAUUGUGAAGACCACGACGGAAUAUCAGCUGCAGCCGAAGAAAAAUAAGAAGCUGUACAUGCCCGGCGUCAAGAAGCUCAAUUUUAACCUGUACAACGAGGUGUCUGAGAAGGUCAAGCUCACUGGCUUGAUCCUCAUCACCCUUGGAUUUCUGGCGUGUCUUCUGUUGCUGGUCAUGUAUAAGGCUCUGUGGUACGACCAGCUGACCUGCCCCGAGGGCUUCCUUCUCAAGCGCAGGCACUGCACCCCGGCCGUGGCCCUGGAUCCCUGGUACUACACAGAGACCCAGCGCCAGGACCCAGGAACGGCGCCUCGCACCAGCAGUCUCUACACUGCCCUGGGUUCCCUCAACCAGGCCAAGAGGGCCGGCGCCAUCGUCCCCGAGCUUCCCCCGUCCCCUUGGUUACCCGUCAUCAACGCCCUGAAGCAGGCUGAGAAGGUCAAAGAGGAGGCGGCCCGUUCCAAGGAGUGAGGGAGAAAGGGAAAGCAGAAUUUCCACGAGGAUGGGACAGGGAGUAGGAGACGAAGAUAUGAGGGAAUUUUUGAUUUCCAUUCCCAAAAGGAUAGGGUUAGGAAGAGAGAAUUGAGAUGGAGAAAUUGGAGAAAUAAAAGUGGUUAUUCACUCAGUGGUGUAUUCUGGGUAACAUUCGGAGUGUCUGUUUAGGUGUCAGCGAAUGUGCCUCAUUCGCUGUAAAGUUCAUCCCUGUGGUGUUAUCAGUGACUGCCAAUGCCUUGUUGGAAUGUGUGUGUGUGUGUGUGUGUGUGUGGUUGUGUGUGUGUGUGUGUGUGUGUGUGAGAGACAAGUGAGAGUAGGAGACGAGAGGUGAGAAAAGAUAACGUGCGUGUGAGGAACUUUGGAGAAGUGAACAUAAAAAGAUUCAGUGCAAUUAUCACUAAAUUCUCCUCAUCAGACAGAUGCUUUUCAGGUUGUUAUCUUAAUUUAUUCUGAACUGAAUGUAGAGUAUCAAGUCAUUAGUAAAUGCAGUCUAAAAAUGAUUAGUGCUACCUAUCUAAAUCUGUUCAUGUUCUACAGGGAAAACCUGGAUAAUAUUGUGUUUUAUUUAACCUUUAUUUUAGCAGGGGAAUAUUGCAUUUACUGUAGUGAAAUAAACCGUAUUUUUCCUAUUCAGGCAAUGCACAUAGCGUGCAUUACUUUUUAAAAAUGUAUUUAAAAUCUGAUUGUCAAAAAGGGUUGACUACUUGUGUACAAGGAUCCGGUGUAAUUUAUUGCAGAGGUAUUUACAUAGCUUUCCUUCAGAUGAUUUUGAAUGUAGUAGAGUAAAAGCUAUACAGUUCUAAAUGUUUCAAUAUAACAGUAACUACCUGAAUUAUCUGUGUAUUUUGUGUUUUUUAGUAUUUAUUUACCUGUCUAUUUAUUUAUUUUAUAAGCUAUUUUUCAAUGUCUUUUGGUUUGGGUGAAGAGUUGUCAGCAUUUCCGUUUGAGAUUGAGCCUUUUUUUUGGAUGAAAACGAUAUAUUUGAAUUCAUAUAAAUUUAGCAUUCGGCAUUAUUCAUAUUAACAAUGGAAAUUUGCUGUAUUUUUACCAUGCUUCAUAUUGUAAAUAUAAAUGUGGUCCUUGGUGUGUCAUUAUGUCACCAUUCACCACCCAGCCUUUAUAAACCUCAUCGUGUUCUGAGUGCCAAAGGGUUAUUUCAGAUCCAUCUGCUCUUAUGUCAUCAAUAAAGUGUUAAAAUUUCUUGUUCAUAAACUGGG